UACUGCCUUGCUUGGCUGCCACUCACUCCCAAGGUGUUCGUCCUCUUCCUCCAAGCCGGAGCGCGAGACGAGCGGAAGCAGCAGCAGGUGGGGGGCGGCGGGAUGGGCGACCGGGCGUACGCGCCGGCAUCCAAGCCGGUCCCAGUGGCGGCGCCGAGGGCGGCGAACGGGGUGGCGAACGGGGGCGGAGGGGGAGUGGGAGGGGGCGGGGCGGCGCGGCCGCCGCCCAUGGUGCCGGGGCGCGUGCCGCCGCCGCCGAUGUACCGGCCAAAGCCGAUGCAGGCGCCGGCGAGGCGGAGGCGGAGCAGGCGCGGGUGGUGCUGCGCGUGCUGCCUGUGGAUGACGCUGGUGUUGGUGGGGCUGGUGUUCCUGGGCGCCAUCGCGGCGGGUGUGUUCUACGUGAUGUACCACCCGCAGCUGCCGUCGUUCGCCGUGACGUCGCUCCGGCUGGCGGCGCUCAACGUGUCCGACUCCGACGCCGUCACCUCCCGCAUCGAGUUCACCGUGACCGCCCGCAACCCCAACGACAAGAUCGCCUUCGCGUACGGCGACAUCGCGGCCGCCUUCGCGGCGGACGGCGCGGACGUCGGCGACGGCACCGUCCCGGGCUUCCUCCACCCGGCCGGCAACACCACCGUCAUCAAGGGCGCCGCCUCCGCCUCCUCCGCCACCGUCGACCCCGUCGUGGCCAGCAGCCUCAGAUCCAAGAAGUCCCACGCCAUGUCCGUGGAGAUGGACUCCAAGGUCGGGUUCCAGAUCGGGCGGUUCAACUCCAAGAGCAUCAACGUCCGCGUCCUCUGCGCCGGCUUCACCGCCGCCCUCGCCAAGAACACCCCCUCCCCUCCCCCGAUCGUCGUCGCCGCCGCGCCAUCGCCGUCGCGGUCGCGGUCGGUCAUCAAGUCCUCCACCUCCAGCGCCGGCGCCACCACCACGACGGACGCGAAGUGUAAGCUCCGGGUCAAGAUCUGGAUUUGGACAUUUUGACGGAUUUGACGCUAGAGAAGACUUCUUUUUCCCCUCCCUCUCUCUCUCAUUUUUUUUCACCCCUUUUCUUCCUUUUUUUCCUCUCUUUCUCACAGUGUAUGUGGAUUUAUUGGAGUAUAGUUUAUAUGAUUUUCUUUUACCA